AUCUCACCCAAUCAGAGGCUGUAGAUGAAGUGGUGCAUAUGGCGGAAGUUUGGGCUCUCUCACAUGAAAGAAGAAGAAGCUAGCGGAGAUUGAGGAUUAAACUGAAACGUUCAUGUACAGACUCUCGGACCUACCGACCAGGCGGGAUGAAGUCAAUCCAAAUCAUUCGUUGUUGUGCGUGUUCCCUGACACCACCUCUUGUAAAGAAGAGCAAUGUCCCCUCCAGCAGCUAAAUUCCCGGACAAGACAGACCUCCAGGCAGAAAUAAAGGUAAACACCCAUGAUAAGCUACACUGCUACCUGUGUUAGCAUCCUGCUAACGCGGGUACAGGACGCUCUGUUUUUGUGGCAAGCUGCAGACCUUUAGGAGUACAACACCACACCACGACUAUAUUUAUGUGCAUGACUACAGCUCAGAUGACAGGCAGAUUGCUUGACAUGAACGCAGGUGGCUAUACUAAUGAAGAGAAGAAAAUCCGCUGAAACCGUAAUGCAACAGUAGUAUCUGAGGUAUUCUGGGCAAUAAAGUUUAUGGUGUUUUUCUCAUGAUCGGAUGUGUCCUGUAGUCAUAUGGUUUCGCGAAUUACUCCAGAGUGUCUUUGACCGAGAAAAAAAGUGUUGUAAUUGUGAUGUCUGUGUCAUUUGAUGUUUAGAUCAUUCAGUAUCGAGGGAGCUCUCUUUCACUGCCCCUUGUGUUGUUCCUCUAUAAACCUCAGUGCCCUGCCUCUGCUUUCCUUUCCACAGUUUGCCAUCCCUGUAUUAUAAUGACAUUUUGAGAUCCAACUGAGUCACGAAUUUAAACUCAUUAACAAUGCUGAAAAUGCUUUCUCUACAAGAUGAGUGACACCUAUAUGUAGAGCAUAUACACGCAGGGCAGUGUGGUAAUACAUGCUGUGUAACACAAGAGAUAUAGGGGAGAGUGGGGUAAGUUGUGCCACCCCCGUUGCGUGGAAAUGGUGAAAGAAAUUGAUCCUGUGACCAAAUAUUCAAGAUAUGGGCAUUAAUGCAUGGAGUUUGUGAAGGUUAGAAGCUCAUGGGUGAAGAGGUUAGACGUUUAUUUCCAAAAAAACAUGUUUCACUCUUGAAAGUGAAUUUAGUCUGUCAGAAGUUUUGUUAGAAUUGUGUUCAGACCAAAAAGAUCAUUUUAAAUUAGUUUUAUACAUCAAUUGUUUUAUCUAUGAGCUACAACAUGAGGUCAAAAACCUAACAUAAAAGUCCACCAUUUUAGCUUAGAGACUAAUAAAGUCAUAAUAGUAGUUCUGGGGUAAGUUGAGCCAGUGGAUCAACUGAGAAAGUAAAGAAGUCUGAUGAGAGGAUCAGAGUUUCAGUUCAGAUUGUUGAAAUGUGUUACUUCUUUUCAAAAAUGCAGCUGUGAAUGUUCUGAAUCAUUUAAAGACAUUCUCAUGUCAAAUUUUUUUUUUACAAAACAGUCUUUUAGCAGUUAUAUGCAAUAAUAAUAAAAAGAGUUAUUGUACCAGUUGAAUAGACUGUAAUAGAUAAAAACACACAUGAAUGUGAAGAAGUGACUGUUAUUUAAGGAGAGAGAAGGUGAGGGAGGACUGGGAUGGAGAGUGGGGGGGUCAACUUACCUCAUACACGGGGUAAGUUGACCAUAGGAGACCACUUUUUUUGGCAUGCUAUAUUAUCAAGACAGUUAUGUUUACACUCAUUCUGUUGGUUUGCAGGGAUGCACAACAUCCUGAAAUAUAUACAGAUACAUUAGUUAGAGACAAAACUAUGAUUGUCUUAAUGUAGUGAUCCGAAAUAUGCCGACCAUCAGUUACAAACAUUUUUCUAUUUUAUUGUAAAAUUGAAUAAAAAAGUUUUUGCAUUAACAGACAGUUUAAAGAACAAGAGCAGGAUAUACUGUAUGCAGUAACAUUGCCAAGUCAUGCAAAACACCAGUGAUACAGAGUGCAGUAAAUCAAAAAGAUUGUACAUUACUUUUAACUCAUGGUUUAUAAGACUGUCAGCCAUUCUUUUUUUUUUGCAUUUUACUUGUUAAUGCAUCCUGUCCUUUUGAGAGAGGAUGAUUGCUUGUCUUACAUUCUAUCUGAGUGAAUGAAAACUGUUGUGUUAGCCUGACUGCCAUUACUUUUUUGAUGUUAUAUUGAUAUAUUUUUUUCUAAUUUAUUCUGAUAAACUCAUAUCUUUGGGAUUUAUUAUUGUGAAUGCUUAUAGCUUGUUAAUCUUGUUUACUUUAAUCAUGAAAUUGCAAUUCUUUGUGCAGCCCCAAUCAAAUGGAUAACUGCCUUGAUUUUUCAGGUAUUUCACUCAGCCACAAAGGAUGGGUUUCUGUUAUAUUCAUCUGACUUGUGAAUUGUCAUAACUAUGUUGAAUAUAAAUGCUGUCAUGAUUUUUCAUAGAUAUAUCUUUCUCCAUGCUUCCUACUAUAAGUUCUUUUUCAUUCCUCCUUGUAUGUUAACUGGAAGCGAACCUAAAGUAAAAAAAAAAUAACAAAACAAACAAAAAAAACAGUUAAAAGUAGACCACCUCAUUUAGACCACCUCUCCUCACCACACCUCUCUGCCCCAAACACCUUAAGUGCAUGUGUGAAUUAUCAGGUGGCUUGUUAUUCUUUUCUGAGUAAAAUAAGGCUGUCACAUCUCAGAGCAGUUUUCCGUACUGGUUUGGCUCACUAUGAUUCACAGUGUAUUGUGGGAGAUGGCGGCAGCUGCAGCAUUAGAAGGACAGCAGGGAUGGAGAGUUACGUAACCAAUCCUCACUCUCAUUUUACACAGAUGUGAUUAGAGUGUAGAAUUGAACCUGAGUGCUAAAGUGAAUUGUGCAGAUUGGAUGGGUGAGUUUUUUAUGGACAGACUUGGCACUGCUCAGGCUGAAACACAUAACCAUGGCCUCAUUCGUUUUGGGCAGAAAUUACAAGCAUACUUUUUUAAAACUAAUUUUAGCCAUAAAUCUUUACUCAGUCAAAUGUGUUAGAAGUAUUUGGACGAAAAAAGUUAGUGUGUUUCAAAUGAUAAACUAGUUUACUUUGGGGCUAUAAUCUUACUAUCAGGGGCUACCUCUCUAGGGUGCAUCUACUUAAAUCAAAACUAACAUUGUGAUUUUAGCUCAAAUGUAUCCGAACAUGAUUUACUUGGAGCCGAAGCAACCUAGAGACUGCAGACACUCAGUCACCAUGUAGUGUUAAGUAAUAAAUGAUGACAGGUGGUAUGGCAGCUUUUUUGUAGAUGUCCCCAUCUGUUUGAAUCAUCAGUGCAACACCACAGUAGAUACAUUUCACUGUAAAAUUAGACAAAUUUCAUGAUGACUAGAUCUACAUCCCUCCUUAGUGUAUUUACUGAUUUCUUUAUUAUACAACCAAGCGAGACUGGGUGCCUGACAAUGCAGCUCAGCGCUUUAAUGUCUGGCAGGACCUUUGCUGUUAAUUUCUCCUGACCCGAUCACAUGCUGUUUUACACUGUCUGAGCUUCUACCCCUCAUGAUUUUAUGCGAGGCCUGAAGCUCCCUUCAGCUGUUCUGAGGCAAAUGGUCUGCCAAAAAUCAUAACAGACAACAGCAGGAAGCCUCACAGGAGGAAGCAGCAAGAGAGUUCUCAAACUGAGCCAAGGCACUGACUUACAGAAAAACACUUUAAGGACACUUGACUCAAAACCAUUACACAUGCUUUUUACUGGUUUAUUUUCUUUUGGUAAAGAGGUAUAAUUAACAACUGGGGAGGAGUUACAUCAUCCAGAACUGGUAUUUAAACUUUUCCAGAUACACUUUGUACGCCAUUGUUCAUAUGUCAGCUCAGUUUGUGGCUGACACUGGUGGAAAAGAUUCAGUAUGAACAGUUAUUGUCCUUUUGCACACCAAAUGAUGAGUUAUUUGAUGUUUUUAAAAAAACUAGAAUAGUUGUUGAUGCCUUAUCCUGGUAUCCAAAAGCAAAAAAGACCACCAGUAAAAAGAUUUCAGAUUUUCUAUCUCAAUUGAGGGGGUAGGUGUCGGCCAAGAAGUUGAAGAAACAGGAAAUUUUACAAUUUCCAUUUUUUUUUGUUAACAGAUACUUCUUGAGUGUGUAAAGGACAAGAUAAGUAAAGACUUAUUUGUCCACAGAUGGUACCAAAAUCGACUCAAACUGAGAGUCCCUCACUGGAGUUUUGGGUCCAACUUGUAUUUACUCUAUUUAUUACAUGCUUAAUGCUUUACUUAGAGGACAAAUGCAGUGAAAGAGCCUGUUUGGUGGCUACUUACAGGAAAUUUUCUUUAUAGAUGUUUCCCUGACAGAGAGCAAAGAGGUUCCACUGAACCAAUCCUGGUUUUUUAAUGUGCUUCCUAUAUAAAUAAUGAAAUAUUCUUACUUUGCAAAUUUGAACUAAGACAUUUCAAUCUGUUUUGUCUUUUCUAGGUGUGGCGUUAACAGGCCGUGUGUAGGGGUUUCCAUUGCAGGCCUGUGUGCCCGGUCGUGUGUUUAUGGUUGUUAAUGUGUAUGAGUGAAAGGCACAGCAGCGGAGAGUUGUAACGUGAUGCCAAGAUGCUUCUCUCUCUGGGAAUGCUGAUGCUUUCAGCCACACAGAUUUACACGAUCUUCACCGUUCAGCUCUUUGCCUUCCUCAACCUGCUGCCUGUGGAGGCUGACAUCGCUGCUGUGAGUAAUCUUUAACUCGCAUGAUCUUGAUACCAAAGACUUAGGGUGUUGUUUGGCUACAACCUGUAUGCUGCUUUGUUAGCAAGCUGGUUAGCAGCAGUGAUAUGAGAAGCAUCCGGGGCCUGUGCUUUGUGUCUGUAAACCUCCUGUUAGUCCAAAUUCAUUCAUGAGGCUGCAAACGGGUAAAAAUAUUGACAACUGAGUAAAGAUCCUAUCCUUUUCUUUUGUUACUGCAUCAGACAUGGUAUCAAAACAUCUUGCCACAAAGAUGAUGAGUCAUUUUUUUUUAUCUUCCAGUACUCAUUUGACAACAAAACUGAGAACUUUGAUGACUUGCCAGCACGGUUUGGCUACCGGCUACCAGGUGAUGGACUAAAGGUGAGUGCAGAGAACUUCUUGAGCUACUGUUUCGUAGGCUUUAUUGCAAGCGUUUAAGUUUUUAUGGUUCCUGAUUCUGUGGCAUCUUAACCACUUUAUAGCUCCAGAGACUCAAAACCUCAACCUGAAAACAUAAAAAACAGCAGGACGGCAAGGAAGCAUUGGAAUUUUGUAACUAGCUAUUGUACGACGUCAAUGUGCCUAAGGGAAUAAUGGCAGUUUUUUCAGUAUAUCAGAUGCAGCCAGUGGUUUGUGAUCAGCACCUUCCAGUCUGCUGUGUUUACAGUCCAGAUACUUAUGAAGAGACUGUAUUUUAUGAUCAAGAGCAAAGUAUCAUUCUCACCAGAUAUGUGGAUUAUAUGAACUGACACUGUAAACAGCAUUAUUUAUUAGUCCGUUUUCAUCCCUGGAGUCUGAUCAGUUAGUGGGUUUGUUUUGAGUCUCAGUUUGAUUGUAGAUAAUAAUGUUUAAAGAACCUUUGCUUUAGCUUACUUCAGCAGUAUAACCCAGAAAAAAACAACAAUUUUCCUGAUUUACUUGUAAUUAAAUAUCAAAGUCAUGGUGCAGUUUUGUAAAAAGUAAACAUGUGCUACCCAGGUGUGUCCUCAGGAGGAGAAGAACAUUUAAAAAAAAGAUUUGCUGUUGUUUGGAAGUCAUGUUGAUAAUUUAUGAUGCAUUCUGGGAAAUCAGAAAAUGUCCAUGAUUACUGACACCUGAUAACAAAAAAUCUGGCAGACCAAAUAGCCUUCACAAAUAUAUUAAUAUCAAUAUAUAUGUUGCAAAAUCAAAGGUCACACACAGUAAACGACAUAAAAACAUUGAAACGACAUUGUGGUCUGACUUUAAUAAAGACGAAUCAAAGUGAAAUGACUUCUUAUGAAACUGCUCUGUGAUGAGAAUUGUGAUAAUAUGUGUUGUUGUUGUUGUCAUUGUUGGGAGGUUUCUGAAUGCUACCCCCCCACCCAACAACCCAACAACCCACACACUUGCUGAUCCACAAACAAAAGGGCAUGAUUCAUGUCUGCUAUCUAAGCUGGUCAUUGUGGCGUCUCUCAAAGUCAAGAGCUCACUUGUUGUUGCACAAAGAGGUUUCAGGGAACAGAAGCAAACUGAUGAGAAACACACAGUGCCUUAGUUUCUGUUUGUGUAUCUAUUAGUUAACUGCUGUUUAUUAGGACAUUCAUAAUAGCUGCUUCUUAUCCAAUUCGGAUGAUGUUUAGCUGAGCAGGAUUACAGCACAAUGGAUGACCUAUGGUAUAAUUUUGGCUCUGCAAUAAGAGUUGUGAUCAUGUUAUAUUUUAGGAAUUGAGAUUCACAUUUAGAUAAUUGUAAGUAGCACUAUGUUGUAUGUAAAUUUGUUCAUGAGUGUAGACAUUGGCCACAAACAUGUACCGUUUUGAAUAAGAUGUCACCUUGAUCUGCUAAAACAGCAGGGCACAUGGCCCACAGUUAUGUUCCUGUGUGUGUGUGUUAGGAUGUAUCAAUCUUAUGUAAGAGUCUGUGUCAUGAAAGCUGAGAAAUGGCUCCGUCUCAAGCUCUGCUGAUCAUCCUCUAUGUUGUAUAUUCACAUGUAAUCCGGGUGUCUUGUAUUUCACCUCUGCUCUCCUGCUGCUUUCUAGCCGAGGCAGAGAGCCAUGCAGACAUGCUGCCCUAGUCCCAGAGGGCUGACCUUAUUCUAUUUCCAUAUAACCCUCUUCUGCUCUGCCUCCGUCAGAGGAAGUUUUUCUUCACCCUGCUUUUAUAGAAAACAGCUGUGAUUUGCAGCAAGACUCAGCAAAAUUUUAAUGUAAGAAUACAUCCACGUUUUCAAAGCUGUGGAGCCAAAUAGAGAGGAAUUUUCUAUUACCCUGACUUAACAAGCUGGAGACUUUCCAUAUCUUAGUGCAGUGAGGAUAUUAUGUUUAUGUCACUCAGACAAAUUUACGAUUGUAAAAAUCAGGACAGAAGAUUACGUUGCAAAAAUGCAUGAUUGUAUCACGCAGCCUCUAGGGCCCUUGGAUUUUAUCUCUCGGUCACCAAUCUGGUGCUGCCCUCUUUACAUGAGAGGCACAGUACCUUCUUUGUUGCUGCUUUCUAUUUUAAAAAGAGCAUCUUGCUGUGUAAUGUUAUUGUUUUUGGUUUUUACCUAGAGAUUUGCCUAAUCUGAUUUAGCUGUAAAGUAAAGAACAUCAGCUGCUCAAAACUUCUCUAGGUUCAAAAGAUGAUUGGCAGACCGAGUUAACCUGGAAAUACAGAAAAUCUUCGCUGCAAAAAAAUGAGUGGUUUUGAUUGUGUAAGAGUCUGUCACGUUAUUUGGGGAUUUUAGUAAAGGCAGAAUCUCUGUUGACUUUUGUUCUAGUUUGAGAUAAGUUCACAUUAGAUUUCCUCCGCCACGCUGCAGCUGUGCCAUGCCUGGAAACCACCCUGGCAUCACAAGGCAGCACAAGCCAAACAAAAGUGUCUCUGGAGGAUUUCCCUCAGGGAUCAAGGUUUCAGAAAAGACCUCCCCUGUUUCAACUCACACAACAGUGCUGAUUACAAAGAAAGGGUCUCAGAACAAGGCCUCGAGGAGCCUGUGUCAGUGAAAAACUCUGAAACUGCUUCGCGUUUGGACAGUAUGAUUUCUGGAAUGUUCAAAUUGGUAGUUUUACUUUGGGGAUUAGGGUGGAGUCAAAAUGAGGCAUCACAGCAGUUACUGACUCGAAAGAAAAUCCUGCUUAAACCACUAAAUUUUACACCCUUGGAAAAAAAUGACAAAAUUGUUUUCCACCUACAAACUGCUGCUGAUGAGAGUGAUAACAGAUAAUUCUGAAAGGUGUUCCUGAAACAAUCUUGUGAGUCACUUUCCCUGUUUAGUCAUCAGCUCCCUUCAAUUUGUUUGUUUCAUUCAGAUACUCAUCUUGCCUUUUCGCAGCAAAUUCUCCACACACUAAUUUUCACUUCUACUUUUGUACCUGCUGAUCUAGGGACCCAUUUUUAGAGGAAAUUCUUGGUUUUUCUUCGGAGAGUUCGUGGUUUGGAUGGUCCAGCAACAGUUAAAGAUGCCUGGCUUUGACCAGAAGCCUGUGGACUCUCUGUGGGACUAAAAUUAUACAUAUUCAUUUAUUUCUCUCUGUGGAGAUCUGUUUUAUUUUGAAAGCAAAAGGACAUAAAAGUCUCCUACUGUUUCUUUCUACAUUCAAGCCCCCUCAGAGCUUCCACUGAAGUCAUUAGGAAAGAUUUUGAUUGAAAUGGUUUUGCUUAUGGAAGAGGUUUAUAAAUAGAUGAUAGGAAAUACUCUUUCCAUAUCACAUCUUUCUUUGAGUUUGACAUCACUCAUGUGGAGGCUAAGUACUAAAUCAACAAUCUGAGCUCAGUUUUCAACCUGUGGAUCGGUCAUGAGUGUAAAAAUAAUUCAGAAAAAGAGGUUUGGAGAUGGGAAACAGGCUUGUAAGUUAGUCUUGGGGAUUGAUUUGUCAUUAAUAUCUAAAGGGCAACGAUGUAUCCUCAUUUAACAAUAAACGAACUUGGAGCGCUUGAAAGGAUCUCGAAGGUCUACUGAAGAUACUCGGACCCUGAUGCAUUGUUAGGAACUUGAGGCUGCUUUAUGAGAAAUGUAAAGGUUUCUCUUUGCGCUUCCAGUGGGCACAUAAGCUGCUUAUACAUAGCAAUUUUAUAACAACAUUGCUAUGUGGUUCACACACACAGAGACAUGCACACACACAGCCCUGUUUGGUCCUGCAAGGUACACAUUGCCUUGCUUUCAUUAUAUGUCUCAACUGCAUAUUGUGAUGGUUGUAACUGAGGUGGGACAGUUUUAUCACAGCUACAUUUAAAUUCCUAAACUUUGCAGACCAGGUGAAACUGGUGUAGAUAUCCCACUGGCACAUUAGAAAUCACAGAUUGUCUUGUUUGCAUAAUGCUCCACUUUUCUGCCUCUACAUCUGCGAUAGAUUUUCUUUUUGGUACUCUACUGAUGUUUAUGAGCAAAAUGGAAGAAAACAAUGAAAGCUUACAAAUUCAUUUGAUGAAAUAAAACGCUACAGUUACCCAGCUUCUCAGAAAUAUUCAGCACUGCCCGACCCCCUCAGGUUACCCGACUUUUGUAAAUGUACUGAGUCUCCCCAAGCAGUCGCUAUUGUUCCUGAGAAAAAUUAACAUCCCCAAAAGCUAGUUCCUGAGCAGAGCUUCAGAGGAAAUCCAUCUUCUGAGAAUCAUUCUGUUUUGCUUUAGGCCUGAAAUACAAUAAGAAACAUCAUUCAUCCUUUUCAGCAAAAAGUCAACCCAGGCAUCUCCUUUAUCGUGCACAUAUGCACACGUAAUGUGUCACAUGAUUUGUUAAUGGGUUGUGAUGGAGAUAAAACACCCAUUUAUUGAAUGCAUCUACAUGAGUCAUUUGUGCCUGUUUCUGGUAAAUGAAUGGUGAUGCACUAGUCAUCCCUGUUUACAGCAGAUCAUGCUCUUUGUUGUCAGUGUCUAUGACUUACAAGCAUUACUAGAUAUGCCUCAUACUGAGCAAUUCCUCUUUUCUUCUUCACUCCUCAAAACCAAAUUUACUGCACCAUUCUGCUAAACCAGAGAGAAAUCAGAGUUCUGCACACACAGCUAUUACAGAAGGUUCAGAGAGAGAAUAACAUGAAAUAACGAGGUCAAAGGACUUGGGUUGUUUGCUCGUGCCACUGUUACCAAUACUGUGUUUGUGGAUCAGUAUUGUAAGGUACUUGGUGCAGAGAGUAAAGCAGGGCUUGCUCACGUGUAGCUUCACCUACUUUCUCUUGUGGUAGCGCUUUGGCUCAGAAGUUUGGACACAUUUUAGGCAGGUUACAGCCGCCUAAACAUCAAUGAAUCCGACUGUUGGUUCAACCAAGCUUUAAUCUGCUUACAGGGGGCCCCAGUCAGGGCAGAGCCAGUUAUUAUUUCCUGUGUUUCUCUCUAACUAAACCAGAGCAAAUCUGCAAACAAGCUCUCGGUGAGAUUUUCAGUGAUAGGAUUAAAGUGUGAUCGCAGCAGUAAUUUGGAAAAGUCCACCGGAGAAAUUCCCUUCCCUCUUCAGCUCUGCAACAAGAGUACUUGGUCAAGUACUGCUUUAGUAGAGCAAACAAAAUAAGGACACCUGUGUCUUCACCUCUUGAUUUCGAGGAAUAUUAGUCUAGAAAAAAUACUUUGAGCUUAGAAAGUGUCACAAGAAGCACAAAGAGAUGUCUGAUUUCAGUUUUUGAAUGUUCUUGUCUUAACAUGUUUCUCAGCAAACUCACAAGAAAUUCUUACAUUUAGGUCAAGAAUGCAGUUUAUUAUUUAUUAUUUCACCCUGUAAAAGAUUUCAUUUUGUUUGUACUGUGUUUUAGUUAUUUGUUUCCAUAGUCAAAAGUAAUGAAAGGUUCCAAAAUAACCAGUACAUACAGCCCUACCCUCCUGUUGUGGACAAAGAAUACCAAUGUGACAGUAAAAAGUGUAGCUAGACACACUGUAAUCUGGGGAGGGGGGAUAAUUUGGACCUUAUACAAAAAUACGGUGGCUGAGAACCGCCGCUGCUGCAAAUAGAAAAAGAAUGCAAAAAAAGAAGUCACAAUGGAAGUUACUGAUGCAAAAAAAAAGAAACUGAAGCCCGCUGCAAAUAAAAAAAGAAAUGGCGCAGAUAAAAAAGCCACAACGGAGUUAACGACACAAAAAAAAGUGGCAAUGGAAAAAAAAAAAGUUACCCACUGAAAAUAAAAGGAUGCAAAAAAAAAAAAGCCACAACAGAAGUGAGCUGCCAGGGACCAAUAAUGAUGAUGCAACGGUGUUUCAUGAUCUAGGCACAGAAGACGACGACAAGAAGACGAGCAAAGAAGUUAGUGGAAAGGUUUUUGUUUAAUUUCGCUUCGUGUGCUUUUCAGUGUGUCAUUUGGUUAGGCCAUGUUGCGCCCGAGUCCAUUUUAAGUUGAACUGAAACUAACACUACACCAGCAUCCACUAGAUCAACUUUAUAUUGACUCAGGCGCUACAUGGCCUAACCAAAUGACACAUUGAAGAGUUUACGAUAUGAAAUUAAACAAUAACCUUUCCACUUACUUCUUUGCUCGUCUUCUCGUCGUUGUCUUCUGUUACUCUUUUUUAUUUGCAGCAGUGGCGGUUUUCGGCUAAAGUACAAAAAUGCUAUGCACAAAAAAGAGAAAACAUGUAAGCAAAAAUACCAACAAAACUAAAAACAGUUCUACACAGUGAACAAAAAUGAAUUGAACAUGUUAUUGCACAUCAUUUGAGUUAUUAUACCUGAGAAAAAUGUAGGUAUUUGCAAUUGUAAUAGAUAUCCGGUGUGCCAAUAUUGCAGAUUGAGGUAGCAUUGAGACAUUGCCCAUUAGUUGUGCUAUAAAACCUGGACUACUGGGAGCGAGCCUGGUUAAACAGCCUGACUGCAGCAGGAAGGAAGGACUUGUGGUAUCUCUCUGUCUCACACUGCGGGUGAGGAAGCCUGGCGCUGAAGGAGCUGCCCGAAGCUCCAUCACUAACCACUCGGGGAAAAAUAGCUGACCCCACCAGUUUGCUUUGUGUGCUUAAGUCCACAAAGUUGCCUUUAAAACUUUUUUGUACCCACGUUCAUCCUCUCACAUUAGAGUUACCUCUCCUCUGGCUUUCCCCCUAUUGUGCAAAUGCGUUGCAACAAGACAUGUGAGCGAAAGUACCAUUUCUACAUCACACGCUCCAUGAAUGAGUUGUACUCAUUUGGUGAAUUUCCAAACUGCAACACCUUGAUCCCACAAUAUUGCAACCCUGAAAAUGUAGCUUAGUCAAUAGUUGAUCUUUUUUCUGCUGCAACAUGGUUUCUCAAGUUUUAAUGCAUGCUUAGAAAUGUUGAUCAUAAGACAUACUUGCAAGGAAUUCAUUCGAGCAUACACAAAAAGCUUCAUUUUCACAGUGAAAGGGCAAUAUAAGAUGAAAACAUGUAGAUAUUUUUACAUAAGAUCCUCUUAUUGAACCGCUAAGAGCCGGCAGAGCAGUGGAAUUACCAGCAUUGAGGUUAUAAUCCCUCCACAGACAGCAUUUCAUCUCAGUCUCUGUAUUCAGAAGUUCCCCCUCCCUUCUGGGUCAUUUCCUGUUUUUCUCUGUUCGCCCUCUUCUCCUCUGCAUUCUGCAUUCCUGCCAGGUGCUGUGGUUGCUGAGACUCCCUUUACCAAAAGAGGGCGCUCUUGCAUCUUGUUUCAAAGCCAGGAAGGAGGAAUAUGAGGCAGUAGCACAGUGAUGUCAUGUAGCAGCAAGGCAGGGAGGGAGCACCCAGAGGUGGCAGCAGCAGCAGCAGUGGGUGAUUCCUCACAAGUGUCUCCUCCACCUUUUUCUACAUCAAGUCUCGUUACUGUUGAACUGCGAGCAGACGCUUCACUUUGGGUGCCCUCUCUUGUGGAAAGCCUGUGUCACUGCGGUCUUUUUCGCUCAUGUUGCCAAGCUGCUGUUUUUGAGUCAGUCGGUGAAAUCAUGCACUCUUAGAAAAUCAGUGCGGUGUCUGCAGAUGUCUGCUGGCUGUCGGUGUGAGAGUUUCUUUUUUUAUUUUUACAUCUAUAUGACUUUAAGAAGGAGAGAGAAAGAAAGCUGUAAUGGCAGUAAAAUCCCAGAGCCCCACAGCAGUCCACACUUCCUGUCUAACACACACACUCACACACACUUAACACACACAGUGGUGUUAGUUACAGUUGCAUAAGAGCAGCAGGUAUAUCACAUCAGUUCUCCCCCCUCGUCUCAUGUGUACUUUCAUCCUCUCUUCUUCAUUUUUCUGCUCUGGUUCUUCUCUCCUCCUCACGUCCGCCUCUUUUUCUUUUCACCUUUCUAUUUUUGUCCCGUCUGCACCCCCUACCCACCCCCCACCCCCUUUUGUCUACAUUACAGAGGGUGUCUGAUUCCCUCUGCCUCCAUAUUUGCGUCGUCGGUCGUUUUCCGCCUCUUUUCUCCUUCGCUUCAUCACUCUGUCGGCCUCUCAGUUUAUCUCUCUCUUCUCACUAUCUGCCUCUCAUCAGUCACUUCAAAAGCUGCUGUGUGGAAAUGGGACUGAGACAGGAAGCAGCAGAGUUAGAGACAGAUUGGAAACACAAUCGACAGAGUUUUUCAGGAUAAGCUGAGACAGAGACAAACUGAAAAUCUGUGUUUUUUCCCACCAUGCAAACCCAGAUUAUUUUUAUCAAUCCGGUGGGAAAGUUUUGUGUACAUAACACAGACAUCAUGAUGUUGAAUUUAUACUUGAAUUGUUGCAUCAGGGGCUUUUGCUGGAGUGGUUUUUCAUCAGUAGUUGUGGUGGGUGUUUUCAAUGUGGUUUUAACAAAAAUGGUGGAACAGACCCUGGGUCCUCUUGGAAGUCUCGGUGUUGUGUCUACACUCUUAAACAGUCUGCAGGGUUACUUUGCAGCCAAGUUGAGUCUGAUGAAACAGUAAUUCCUUUUGAAAGCAGCUACAUUUUACUUUGACAAGGUUUCAAACACACAAAGAAAAAUAUUGUUCAUAGUGCUGAUGGUUUGUCAGGGAUUUUUUUGACGUAUUGUGAGGUAAUUAUCAGCAGAUGACUUGCCUAUAUAUUUAAUUAAAUGUCAACAUUGAACAGUAAACAAUGAUAAGACUAGCUGCACCAGAUAAGAAGUCAGCUGAGGACGAAGAAAGGUAGAGAUGCACCAAUCCAUACCUGGACUUAUACCUGGGCUGAGCGUAUCGGCCGAUAUCCAAUACCGAUCCAAUACUUCUGUUGAAUGAAUGAAUGAACUGUAUGCCUUGCCCUGUGAGUGAAGGCAUCAGGCUUGACAUUAGCCUUGUUAAAAAAAGGUGAAAAAUAUUAACACAGAUAUGAAUUUACUUAAAGGCAAAAAUUGCAUAAAAAGUACUUUAAAAAAGUCAGACUUCUCAGUUAGCUUUUAAUUUACUGAAUCAAACUCCAGUGCAAGAGCAGAUGAUCGUACUGUAAGGUCAUCGUUUUGUCAGCUGUCUAACAUUCAUCAGUAUUGGUGGACUGCUCUUUUUAAGAAAUGUAUUCUUUGAUAUCAGCUGUGACGUGUUUGUUAGUCACUUGUUUAUUUUCUUUCACAAUAUGACAACUCAUGAUGUCAUCCUUACAGGGCUUCCUGAUUGGAGCACGGCCUGAAAAUGCGUGCGAGCCCAUUGAACCCCCUCCAAGGGAUAACUUGACAGGCGCGUUCAUCGUCCUCAUCAAACGCUUCGACUGCAACUUUGACGUCAAGGUACAGUAUUUACUCCACUCGCUGUGUGUGUGUGUGUGUGUGUGUGUGUGUGUAGUUACUGUUGGAAAUGGAGGCCUCUCCUCACUACAGACCAGCAAAAAAUUAAACCAACCCUAACUCUUAAGACAUUUGACUUAAGUAGAAUCAAACAAACAUGUCUGUGAAUCUACUUGAGUCAAUGUAAAAAGUAGUUCAUUUAAAAAGUAGUUAGUUUUUUCACUCAUGGCACUAAGGAUGGAGUAGAAAUAAUGUAAAAGCGUAUUCUCACAAACUAAUCACAAUGAUGUGUUGAGUGAUUUUGUCUGUGUACCUAUCAUGAGUGAAGUUAUUGAGUAAUUUGACAGCAUCUUUCAUCAGGGUUGUAUUUUGUAGAUAGCUCCUCAGUUCACUCUGUUCAUUUUAUUAGGAAAAUGCACAUUAAUCAGCACUGUAGCACCAUAUAGAGUCAGAACAACAGCUCUAUUUCUCUGUACCAGUGCUUGUGUUUGACGGCUGUCUUAAAGGUGACGCAGUUCUCACAGUCCCUGAUAUGAGCUGCUAAUCUGUUCCAGGAGUGUGCGCCUGUCACAGAAAAGACAGAAAAGACUAAAUUUGGUUUUGAACCUCAGUACAAACCAGACUCUCCUAGUUUGGGCUCUUGUAUUUGUAGUUUUAUUGUGUUUUUUUUUCUGGUUAAACUCAUAUCUUGAUAAGUUUCUUUAAACAGUAUUUAUUACUUUCAACUAAACAAGACAAUGUUGGCAUGAAAUAUAUGGAAAAACCAUCAUAUUUGGCCUGUUGUAACAUUGAUUAGAGGUUUUUUGCAGUGUAGACAUCAUCCGAACAGUUUGUAAUCAUGCAGUUGAUGGAUAACUUAUGUUUCAUGGUUUUUGUUUAGUAAUUCAUGCCGUGUAAAAUGUAGCAGACCUACUUCAGAAAACAACAAUGUAAAAAGUUCAAGUACACAAAAAGCUCCAAAGUGAGUGUAAUUAGUGACUGUCAGCUCUGACUGACUGUAUAUUAUAACAGGAUUCAAGUGCUUCUGUCGUGAGCGUACGUUUCUUACACUGUGUCAGUGCAGAGAAACACAUGGGCUUAAUUGUAAACAGCGUUUGUUGCAGCAGCUGUUAAUGCAAAAGGGCAAACUGCCAAAACUAUAAUCGCUUUUGUGAGGUUCUGUACACAGAUGUGUGUUUGCUCACACUGCAUUUAUAUCAACUGCUGCCGUUUUUGGAGUCAGUUUCAGUGGAGCUCUCAGAUCAGCUGCUUUGGACAAGAAAACAGGAAGCGGUCAUUUCCCUAAAUACAAUUUCCUGCAUGCGAGUUUUAUCCCAAACGACGGCCUCUCUUUCUCUUCCCCUGCUGCAGUCUCUUAUAAAUGUUGCUCUUGUGGAGUUGAAAAGUUUCUGUUUGUCUCAUACAUCAGUGCAGCGGCUAAAAGAUGAAGAGGGCUAAUCCUCAUUAGUUAACCGAGGCAUCGAGGGGAGGAGUGUGUGUGGGGAGUGCAGCUUUGUGGAAAAGAUAGAUGUUCAGACAGGAAGAUAAAGGAAAAGAGUAACAAAUAGUGCAGCUGACCUACAAAUAUUAUAUCACUAUUUUAACCUGAACCUUGACAUACAAUCUGUUGCUCAGUUUCAGAGCUGUAUCAAGUUUUAUAUGAUAACAACAGUCUAUCAAUUAAAAUAUUUGAUGAUAUAUUUUCAGUGAUAGAACUUCCAGACUUUGACUCUUGAGACCUGCAGACGUCUGAAUAAUUAACACAAACUUCAAGUGUAAGGGUUCGAAAACUUCUGAAAUUCUGGCACGAAAGCUGACAUUAAAUGAAUCUCUGCUGCUCCCUCAGCUCACUCACAAGGAGGGUCCUAGACUGUAGCUUGGUUUGUUGAUGUGUCUACUUCAGAGGAGCAGAGAAAAAAUAAAAGAAAUGAGGGAAAAAGGCGAAGGAGGUGAGGGGGAGAAAAAGGGGCCAAGGAUUAGGAGAGUGAGAGCAUGGAUGAGUAAUGGGGUGAAAGGGAGGAAAGCAUGCAGCGUCUCGGCGUUUCUCUCUGCCUCUUUUCUCUUUCUGUCAAACUCUCAAACUUGAAUGUCCUAUCUGCUCCCUCUUUACCUCCUCUGCUUUUACCCACCUUGUUUCACUUUCACAUUUCCUCUCUGUCCCAGUUUUUUCCCAUCUAUUCAAUUCCACAUCUUUGCCUGAAGCCUUUUUUUUUCACUCCAUUGUAGCUCUGAAGCAGCAGCACUGCCAUAUAAGGUCUGACUGCAUCACACUCUGAUAGAAACAUGUUGACAGACACAGCGGUGAGGUGUUCCCUUUUGCCAGAGUGAAACCAGACUCCACAUAGCUGCGUGUCAGACAUGCACGCAAUUUAUAUAGAAUACACACACACACACAUACACACACAAGAGCACGCACACACACACACACACACACACACACACACACACACAGACACACAGACACACAUACACACAAGAGCACACGCACACACACAUCUCUGGACUUUGCCAGAUUUGCCUGCUAACCUUGUGCAACCUUCUAAGGAGAUGCUCGAACUUGUUUAAGUAAACUUGGACUUUGAAGUACCUAAGAUUUGGAAGUGUUAGGGUCAGUUUUGCUCCUAAAAGGCCUAUUAGUUUGUUGUUUUAGAGCACCAUCAAGUACAGAAUGAAGAUAAAACAUUAAAAAGAUAAAAAUUUAGAAAAUAUUCAAGAAAAUCCCAGUACAUGUCCAGAUGCCAAGUGGUUAAAAUGCAUCUCGUGCAACCAUAAUGUCCGUGGUUUGAUUUGGACUGGAAUUUUGGAAUUUCCCUGAAUUUCCUGUUUGCUUUUCCACGGUGGUCAGUUAUUAAACACAAAGCCAAAAAUAGAAACCUGUCCAGUAUGGAAGUUAAAAAGAUCUUUUCUUGCUUUAUAAAAUACCCAUUUGCGCCUUUUUCACUCCCCUGCAUGUAUUUAUUUUUGAUUAAUCGAGGAUUGUUGAUUUGUGUCGCCACUUAUAUUACAUUUCUGUCAGAGAUGCAUGAUGAUAGAUUUUUGUGGAUAUUCAAUACACCGAUAUUUUCCAACUAAUUUAGCCUGACACUAAGCUGAGAGUUCGAUAAACCAAAACUAACCUACAUCCUCCACUUGUGCUGUAAAGCAAUGAAUUCAUUGUUAAGCUCUUUUAUCUUUGGAUGGUUGCUGCCCUUUUUUUCCUGCCAUAUGACUGAAGCACAGAGUACUGACUGGUUCUGCUGAUGCCUUUCUCCUUGGCAAAUGUGAUUGGAGAAAUUAAUCAAAAAGCAGAAGAAUCAAGACCUGAUUCUUAUAACAUGAUCACUUUAUUCUUGAAAUAUUAAGGCUUUGCUCUAGCUUUAUUUUUGUAAUAACAUGGCUUCUAGAUGAAAAGACACAGCUUGACUUUCUCAUGACGUUAUUCUUAUGAGAAAAUGACUGAAAAAUUGCAAAUCUUGUAAAAAUGUCUAAAUCUCUGAUGUUUUUUUAAUUGAAUGAUACCUGAACACUUCGUCAUACAUAUAUGUCAUUACCGAUAAAAAAACAUUUGAAGCUGUCUUUGCCAAUUCAGAUUGUUUGAUAAUAACUUUCUGCAUUCUUUAUUUCAUCAUUUCUUGACUUUUUUCCCAUCACUCUCUGCUAUAGAGUGAACUUUCUUUGGCCUGUUUGCCCCCUCUCUAAAAUUCAGUUUGAAGGAAAAGGUUUUACCAGCUAGAACAUGGUGUUACAAAGCUAGUGCAAAUAGGAAAAAGUGCAGUUUGCAAGAUGAAAAAAUAAAAGACUUAUUAAUUUUAAAGCAAGAACACAGUGCACUGUCUUUUUCUCCCUUCUUAGCUUCUCACUUUAACACAGAGUAAAUGGCUAAAACUUCUUGCACAUGAGCAGUCCUGAAAAUUUAAAGAAAUCCCAGAAGCCCUGCCCUGAAAUUUUCCAGACUUGUCUCUUCAAACAUACGCUCCACAAUGGGAAGUCUACCCCGUGUAAUAAGGGGUGUGGUAGGCAGAAAGAAUGAUGAGUCAAAAGCAUGUGGCAAAAGCCACAGAGUGAUGCUCACAACAUGAUGGAAGAUGGAGCAACAGAUUCAUGGGCUGCGACGGCAGUUUUUCCAUUUAUAUUAUCACCAGCAGCAAAAAUACAGAUGUGUAGACAUAUCUGACGCUCUCCUCUGAGAAAGUAAUUCUCCUGCUUUAUCCUCAGAUGUUUUUAUUCAUUCGAUCACAUGCUGCUCUGCCUGGGCUGCACAGUAUAAAUGUAACCAACUAUAUAUCUGCCCCAUAUAUCCACCCCACUUCCUGUAGUUUUCUUUCAGGGAGAAUUCAGGGUGACAAAGUCUGCCCACGCCGUACGUGAACAGUUCACUCUUAAAAAUUCAAGGAAGUUUUCAGGAGUUUUGUGUGAAUACAGCAUGUACUGGUCUGUUUCUCAAUCUUCAUCCCUGGCUGAAAUCUCUUUUUUUUCAUCAGUUUUUACACACACACACACACACACACACACACACACACACACACACACACACACACACACACACACACACACACGACACACUUGCGCUCCCUCCCCCUGAGUUGGUCUCAGUUUCCUCCAGAAGCUGCAGGGAAACAAAGGAAUAAUAGAUUCCAUCUUUCCUGAGACGAGGCACUCUGUGUGUGUGUGUGUGUGUGUGUGUGUGUUAGUGUCUGGGUACGUGUGUGUGUGUGUGUGUGAUACAGGGGUGUCAGCCUCAACAUGUGGGCCUCCUUCCCCUCCUCUGUAGUGUUUGGCCAGUAGCACCGUACGCUGAGAUUUUAUGGAUCUGUGGCCAUAAAAAGGACACUCACCCACUUAACCCCCUAUCAAGUGUGUGUGUGCAAGAGGGUUUGUGACAGUGUGUGUGUGUUAGAGGAAGAGCGUGUAUGUGUGUUAUGAUAGGACAUGACAGAGAGGGGGGGUCAAAAGUCGAGUGAGAGCGUUUCAGACGGGGAGGGGUAGAGGGCAGUAAAGGGGUGUUAAUAAGCAGAGGAGCUCUUUAUGUGUGUGUGUGUGUGUGUGUGUGUGAGAGAGAGAGAGAGAGGAAGCAUCCAUCUUUUGCUCCUCCUCAUAGAAAAUAAAUCUCAAGAGACACAGGAUUUGCACUUCCUGUACGCUGGGAUUCUUUGAGGUGGGGUGGGUUGCUCAUUUGUGACCUUUGACCUUUGAGGGAAGGGGGGGGGGGGGGGUGGAUACGAAACUGUAUACCACUUCCUCCUCUCUCUCUCUCUCUCCCUCCCAUGAACAACCCUGCAUGACUUUGUUCAUUCUGUGGAGACUGUAAGUCCCUGUGCUGCUGCUGCUGUACAACACACACACACACACACACACACACACAAACACACACUAACACAUGCACACACAGCAGGUCAACAUACAUUGAGACAUAAUGUCCUGGUUAUGUAACACGCACCGAGGAAUGUUAGGCUCUGGUGAAACCCAUUUUUUUCUCUUUUUCUUCAAGUUCUCAUAUUUACAUUCUUUCUCACACAGUCCCUCUCUGCUGCCCCCCGUCUGUCACCGCUCUAAGUUGUCAUUCCCUCUCCAUUUCAAAAACAGCUCAAAACUAAUAAAACUAAACAUAUCCUUCUCUUAUAAGUAAACAUCGUGAUAUAAUUUACUUAUUUCUACACUGUGUAGGUGCAUCACAACAUUAUCAUUCAUCUAAGUUGUCUUUCCAGUUCCGUAUUCACUCUCUGCUCAGUCGUGUUUUUUUGCCCUCCUCAGGGAAAUAGCUCGCUCUUCCUCUAUGUGUGUAAACCGGUGAAUAUCAGAUUCUGUUUGCUGAGUAGGUGGCACAAAACAGGUUCUUUAAGCUUUACUUUCUCACAGAGCUGCUGCCUCCGGUCCAAACAAUACUAUGAGGGCCGUGAGGACAUAUCAAAACAGAAAAUGUGCGACUCUAGCAGCCAAGCAUUGAGCUUAAACUUGCUAUACAGCUGACUGAAAGUGAGUGUGUGGGAGUGGGGGGUAAUGCAGAUUCAAGGAAUCAUUUUCUGCCGAUAUUUGUUAUUGCGGCUGCUGUGAAGGAGAAUAAACAUGAAUUCAAAGAGCAAACCUUAUUUUCAAGACUUAUUUUUAGACUUUAAUUAAAAAAACGUUGGCUGAUGCCUUUCUUUUAAAAUUGAAUCGACAUUUAAAUGAAAUGAAAUAUGAACCAUUUACUGCAUCUGUUCUCAAAAACAGGACAGAUGAAAAGAAGCUGCAGGUCAGAUGGAUGAGCGCUCUUGUCAUGGGAACACCUUUGUUCCAUUUUUCAGUUACAUAAUCAUACAGGCGUUUAGAGACAGUCUUGUGACCACGAUCUGUGGACACACGCUUUGAGGUCAUUGACAAAAAGCACUAUAAAAACUGAUGCAUUAUUAUUAUCAUUAUUAUUGUUAUUAGUUUUGGCCACUUGGAAAAAACCGAAUUUUAAUCACUCACUUAUACCUGAAAAUUAGACCAUCACACUUUUGUCAGAUGUAUUUCAGGAGUAAAGAAAAGUCUAGGUAUUAGUGAAAGAAAAAGUCAUCCCCUCAUUAGAUUAUUUCAGGUUGGAGCAUUAUGUGUAAGCAGAGACUGGCAGCUUGAAAUGACUGCUGGAAAACCCCCCGUCUCUGACCCCAGGUCAGGCUGUGAGACAGACCCAAACCCGGCUGGCCCAGGAUUUGUCAGACUAAACAUUUCAUUUCGGUUUACACAUUUUUUUCCUUUUCAGGAAGUUGUGAACUUUGACAGGGCGGGGUCAGGUCUUUCUCCAUAUGACUUCAUUGUAGCACUGUAUCAUAAAACACUUUGACAUCAUGUUAUUUUAAAGACAUUCAAAUUCAGAUUUUUUUAACUCUUGGUUAUAAUCACAGUUUUUGAAUCUUGAUUUCCUGUUAAGCAGAAAAUAUUAAAGAAGGGUGGGACUCGGCUUCAGAAAGCAAAUCAAAUACUUGCAAUGAUGUCAUUAGUAUUGAGGGCGAUGACACUCAUUGAUAGCAAAUACCUCCAAUCAAAAUCUUGCAAUAAGAAAUCCAGGGAGGGAAAGAAAAACACAGGCUCAAGUCAUUCAGCUUAUUUUUAGGUGUGGUUUCAAUGGCCUCAUUAUCAUCAAAUCAAACGUUGUGCAGAGCUGCAGAUAAGCUGGGAGUGGUCAUGAGGAUCUUCUUUUCUCAGUAACUGCAUAAUGUGUCCCGUCAGCCUCUGAAAGUCUAAAAUCAUCUUGUGUGACUUUCAACAAAACGCUGAAGCUAGUCAGUGUUUGUCCUGCUGGCUGGUAAUUUCCCAUCUAACCUUGCUUCCUACCUCCAUCUUACUGUAAGUGCAUUUGAUUGUGCGGCCUGUUUGUGUGGCAGUGACCUCACAGCCCUCAAGCUACACACACACACACACACACACACACACACACACACACACACACACACACACACACACACACACACACUGGCCUCAGUCUUUGCUCAAACAAUGAUCUAGCGUCCUGCAAAUGCUCUCCCAGUCUCAUGACAGGGUAUGACUAUGGCUGACUGGAUGUAUGACUAGCUCGAGUGUGUUUGUGUGUGUUAGAGGGGGGAAAAGAGAGCGAGAACUAGAGAGGGAGAAAAACAGAGAGACCAUAUCACAUUUGGCCGUGUCCUUUUUCUAAGCUGUUGUUAUGUCUGCAGCAAUUUGUUGUGGCAACAAACAGAAAGCUUGCUCCCUUAUUUCCCUCUAGGGCACACACACACACACACGCAGACACACACACCUACUUCUGAUAUGUAUGCACCCAUCAGGCAUAAAAACUUUCAAAGAGAGAUCAUGGCUCGGUUUUUGAAGAUUUCUCCACACUUUAAAAGGUUUUGUGCUGAAUAUUAGGACAAAAGUUUAACGCACACAUACUCUACUGCAAACACUGCUCUAAUCUGCCUGUCUCACCUUAACUAAAUGUGCCGUGGGAGGUAGGCUGGAAAGAAUGGCUUAAUUUAAACUGAACCUACCCAGGAGCAGAGUUACUUAGUUCCCCACUGCAACAGGGAAAGAAGAAUCAAUACACUGUCUUUUUGUUAUCUCUAAGACAGCUCAAGUGCAAAUACAGUCUCUCUAACGUAUGGAGAGGUGAGGUGCAUGAAUUUCAGCUGUGUGCUGUUAUCAGUGUACACAGCCUCUCCCUGCUGUUCAUAGUUUUAUUGAACUCUUUAUCUAAUCAGCGGUCUGGACCUUGAAACUCAAACCCAACUCUGCACUGAGCUACAUUUCCACUGAAACUCUGAGGAGGAAGGGGUGGGUGAAGGAGAGGAAAUGAGGAAGGAGGAAAGGAGAGAGCAAGGCAGGAGGGAGGAGGUGUAACCUAAGUUUGUAGUGCGAGGGUAACGAGGGCAGAGGAGGAGGAGGAUGGUUGGUUCAGAGAAGAGGAAGAGAAAGACGGGGAGGAGGGGAACUGAGAGUGGAGGAGGGAUAAAAGAGGAAGGUUGGCUGAAGGGGAAAAGGUGGGAGGAGAGAACAAGAAGAGGAAGAAGGAGGGUUGAGGGAACAGAGGGAAGAGCGUGAAGAAGAGAGUGGAGAGGUUGGGGGAACAGAGGAAUAGGAAGAUAGGAAGUUGAGAGAGGUGAAUAGGAGAUGAAGACCUAAUUGUGAGAUGCUGCUUAAAUAGUGAAGCAACAAAACGGAGCUCAUCUGUAUCUAACAUUAUUUUAAAAUGUAGACCAGUAAGGACGUACUCAUGCAAACUUCAAAAACGUGUUUUUUAGGGCAAAAUGAUGAAAUCAAAAGCUGCACAUAGUGUAGUAACUUCCCCUGAGACUCUAUUUUGGGAUUUACAGAAUCAUGUCUCUUGUUUGGUUCAGGUUGAAGAGAAGGAGCUGAAAAAGAAGGUAGUGAUAAUGGAAAUACUCAAUAUAAGAUUGAAAGAAAACUUGAAAGGAAGAGCAGAGAAGUAAGACUGGUGAUGAACUGGUUCAAAUGAGAUUAAUUCAUUAUGUGGAAAUAAUUAAAGUAUAGUCUUGAGAAUAAAACAGUAACAAUCCUAGCACAUGUAAAGUUACAGACACUAGCUCUGAUAAUAGAAUAAUUCAGUAAAAUAGUGAAGAAUUCAAAGAAAUUCUCGUCUUGUAAAAUCAGACUCCUCCCAGCCUUAUUGGACUAAAAUUGUUAUCAUCCAGUCAGACCUGAUUUCUUGGUUAGGUUUCAGUUUCUAUCAACCAAUGAGAGGUCACUGACUCACAGCAUGAGUGAAAAUACCCCGACUAUGACAGACUCUGUUUUUCAUGAUUUCCUCCGUUGGUUUCUGAAGUGGAGGUCAUGUGGCGGUUGCCGAAUUGGAAAUGCUGAUUCAACCUAACUUUAGGUUGACAUGGCAAGAUGCUAAGAGGUGGAGCUGAGGCGAGCCUUUAGCUAGCUUGGCUAACAGCUUCUGUGUGUCUGCCUGUCAGCCAAGCUAGCUAAACUCUUACCCUUGAUAUCCUAAAAACAAAGACAGUUUAGUCUGUACACUUUGUGGGAAUGGAAAGAUGGGCUCCAUGUUUGUAGAGCUAGGCUGCUUUAGUAUGGGUGUUAACCCAUUAAGACCUGAACCCUGUCUGAGACACGCCUCUGAAAUCCUGAGGGCCAUUUUGAGAAGGGCCCCAAGAUCCUGAGGUUUUCUGAAGUGUUGAGGUUUACAAAAAACCUGAUAUCUCAGCCUCUGUAGCAGAUAGAAACAAAAUUCAAAAAGUAUUUGAGAGCUUACACGUGUGGCUUUCAAGAUAACUCUCUUUUAUUAUUUUGAACCUUCAUCACAUUAUUGAAAACCUUGAACAAACAAACUCAAAUGAAAAAAAGCGGCUGUACAAAUAAAAGUAAAGACUCUGCACUGGAGAGUAACAAACAAUUUGCUUUCUGUAAAACAAGUGGCAGUCAUGAUAAAGUGUCCAUUCAAUACAAAUGUAAAAAUGAAAAAUAAAGUGUUGAAAGGGUAUACAGCUGCCUUAGUAUAGUGCCAGUACAAAAGCAGCACUAAAAACUAAUAAUAAAUAAAUAAGUGGCUGAAAGUGUGUUCAUCUCUAUGCUCAACCAAAGUCAUGCAACACUUACAGAAAAUGCCAAAAGUGUGAGCCAAAGACCUCAAUAUGAAGAGGGUGUUCACACUGCUGGAUGCCUUUCCUCUGAAACCGCUCUCUGCCUCCAUCAUUGUUUACUUUCCUCACAAAGCACAGAGCAAGAUCCAAGCAUGAAUCCGAUCACUUUAUUAAGCUUUAUUAGCCUAUCAGAGGCAGUAUGAUGGCGGUAUGAUGAUUUGAUUCGCCACGACUCCAGAAAUGAUUGAAAACCUACAGAUUUUUACAAAAUGAUGUAUCCGCGCUCCUGACUUGAAGGGUGCAUACAUGCUGUCCUGGUUUAAGUGGGUUUAUGGAACUUGGAGCUUUUACCUCCAGCCUCAUGUGGACACUGACAGAACUGCAGUUUUACUACUUUUGUAUUGGCUUCACUUUUGACAGUGGAAGUUGCUGCUUGGUUACCAAACAUUUCUAUGACUCAUUUCUUUAUAAAGCUUCCAGCACCUUGUAAAAUGGACUCUGUUCAGCCUCAGUGCUUUAUUAUGAUGACUUCAUGUUGGUUAAACUUUGCUCACUAACUAUAUAUACACCACUAAAUUGUAUAAUUCAUUCAUAAAAGAUGGAAUAAAACCGACUCCUCCUGGAUCUUGACUUGCACGUAACAGAUGUUGUGUGAGAAAGUUUAGCUGUGUGGCUCAAACUCAUUUACACAAAGCUUAGGUCAAGUUUGCUCUAUGCAAAUCCAGACCAGCGACUUCAACAAGUGACACGCAGGUCAGUAAAACUGCCUGAGCUGAACAUGAGUGGAGUGUGCCUCUGAGAAGGUUAAAAUGAAAAUUGAAGAGGGGGGAGAUUUUUGGAUGAGAGGAUGUUAGCGAUACUAAGGAGGGGGAGGAGGAGAAGGGAAGGACGGUCGAUGUUAUAGCUGCACCACGGCAUGAUGAGACUGUGCAGUGCUGGCAGCACAUUCACACACACAGGAGAGAAGAUGCAGCAGUUAUUGACGCACACACACACGGUGGUGAUGCAGCAAUAAUUAAGGAUGCUAUCAGCAUUCUCUGAUCAUACCAGUAGUUCAUCAAACACCAGUAAAAGAACAGAAAGACAGGCACAACCUGUGAGUACAGGCCAUCGACAGUCUAAAGAGGAAUAACUGGUCUCUGUCUGCUCCAGUAAUAAAAAGGAUCACAGUAAAUACCCACAUCUUGCCCUGCUGACAUAUAUAGGAUAGCUGUAAUUAACUCAAGUGUCCAUAGUGACUAGUGUGUUUAUCUAAUGAGCUUCUCAUAGUCAACAAAGCAUGUCCUACCCUUUGUGAGUCCCGAAUAGUUUAGGUGAUCAGUAUCAGUGAGUCAUUCUGCACCAUUUAGCCAUGUUUACUCACCUUCAGUCAGCUGUGACCUUGACAGCUCCGACCUUGAACACAUAAAUAUGUGCAAAUACACCAGAAACAUUAGCAGUGCAGCAGAUUCAAGUGGGAAAAGAACCUCACUGUACACCUUUUUUCCAUUUUAUGGCUGAAAGAUUUUAUUUUAUUUUUUAGAGAAACACCUUCCUCCACAUUCAUUCAGUCCCACACGUUCUGGUGAAGCUGUAAAAUACAAAUACACAGUGUCCUGCUGCUGUUGGCAUCCAAGUUGCUGCAAACCAGUGGACAUGUAACCUCUUAAAGUUUGUAAGUGCACUUAUUGCAAGGUUCAACAGGUUUGCAUGAACAGUGAACACUUAAGGACACAUAGGCAAAGAGAGGCUUUAAACUAUAACAGCAGCUUCUAUCUAAUCCCAGGUCAGUGUGAGGUCAUCAUGCCUCACCUAAAAUAAACAGCAAAUGUCUAAAUAUAAAAAGAAAUGAUCACAUACAGCAGAGGUGUUAUCACUUUGUUGAUCUUUGCAUUUGUUUCCAUCCACAACACGAGCCUUGUAGUGGCCUUUAUUGAGAUACUUAACCUGUUAAACCUGAGAGUAUUGUGGGAAUUUAGCAUACAGAAAAAGCAGAACAGUGUUUGGGAGUUCAUAACACUUAAAGGACAUUUGUUAAGGUUAAGAAAGGGAAGUGCCACCAGAAAUACAGAAAUGUGCACCAACUGCAAUUUCUGAUAAACUGCAUAAAAAGUUUAUCAUUAGAGUAACAUUUUGGUUUGAAAUGGUCAAGUAACAUCAAAUUUAUAUCACAAGCAGUUAAUUAGUUGGCGAUAAUUGCCUUUGCAGAGGCCCAACAUGACACGCUCUUUUGAACCUCUCGACUCAAAAGCUCUUGGAGCUUGUUCAGUUCAUUUAAAGGCCUUCAAAAACAACAGCAAAUGAAGCAGAGUCAAAUCUGCCUUUUAAAAUCCAUAACCGGUCAGUCCUGUAAACAAAAGGCUGCAGCGUCUGUGCUGUGGGCCAAGUUCAAAUCUGGCCAGUCCUUCACAGGGUGCCAUGAUGAGAAAAAAAACAGCUUCCGCUUUGACUCAAAUCCAAAGCCUGGUGGUAUAUCAAAGACAAACAAUGUUGAAAAAGCAGCAAAAGAAAAAACACUGAAGUAUUUGAGGCCAUAUCAUGAAGAUGAGAUGUCUCCGAGGAAGCACUUAGCUGCUUAUUUUCCAAUAUAGGUCCACUAUAGAUGUAAAAAGCAGUUACCCUGUGUAGGCAGCACCAUCAUAAUCAUGUUUGGUGUGUGCUGUGUGGUGUGAUGCUGUAGAAUUAACAUUAUGGAUGGUGCCACAGCUCAGAGCGAUGGUGGAGAGUUGUUUGUAUUCAUUUGUGUAAGUUGGUAUGUUUACAGUUGGGACUUGCAUUCUACUUCUUCCCUCUCAGCCUCUCCUUUCUCUGCCUCUCGGUCUGUUGUUUCUCCUUCUUCACAGUCUUCCAGGAAUCCAGUGAAUGUCCUUAUCUUUGCCCAUGCAAACACAAGGGUGAGCCAAAAGUAGAGGUUACAUUCCUCUGCAGAUCUCAGGCAGACAGGCAGCAUCCCACUCUGGCAUGUAGACAACCUUCAAAGAAGAAAUGGUGCUUCUCUCUUACUGUACUUGAAUAUAAACCUCCUGAAGGAGACACUAAAUCAAACUUUCGACUGCCUGCACGGUUGCUUUGUCCUCUGCCAACACCAGCAUUGAUCAUUUCACUUGUUGGGUAGAUCAACAAGUAGAGCUUUAACUCCAAGUGGGGAUUUUUAUACCAGGCAUUUUGCCCAUUGAUUCAAUUAACCACAACAAACCAAUGUGUUUUGUGGCCACUGUUACAAUAGUUUCCAAUUUGCAUGACUCGAAAGACACAAACCACUGUAAACACCACACCCAAGUCACGCUCUGCUGUGUUAGAUUGUUCCCACUUGAGCAAUAUGAAAGUGGGGUUUGACAUAUGAAACAAACAUUAUUCUCAUGCCAGAUGCUGCAGACUCAUGCAAAGUUCAAGCUAGCCUGAGCCCUGCUUACAUGUUUUAUUCAUCCAAAGUGAACCUAGAUAACUUUUUAAAGUCAAAUCAAAUCAAAUUUUAUUUAUAUAGCGCCAAUUCACAACAGUCGUCAUCCCAAGACGCUUUCCAAAGAAAAAGAGCAGGUCUAGACCACGCUCAUUGUUUGAUGAAUUAUCAAGACCCAACCUAAGAUGGGAUUUGGCCCAUCUAAUCUAACAUGAGUAACAGUGGCGAGGAAAAUCUUCCUUUUAACAGGCAGAAACCAUGGGUAGGACCAGACACAUGCCAGACAGCCACCUGGUGAAAGUGAAAAUCACGACAGAGUACAAAACUUUUUGGAGUUGUUGAGAUUUGUGUAUAUUAAAACACACUCUUAAUUGUUUUGGUGUAUUAUAAUACUGCCCUGAUAUGUUAGCCAACCUAUUAGUCAGCCUACACCCAAUAUAUGUACAUGGAGAAAAUACAAACAAACAAACCACAUAAUGAAGUUGGGUGUACAGUCUUUGUGUGGACCUGUAUACAUGAAAUCCUCCACCUGUUGCAGUAUCACUGUCUUUUAUUAUUCUUACUUUGAGCCCUGUUGCCUCAUCAGGCAGCCAAGAAAUCUUCCCACACACACACACCAGCGAAGUUUUUUGUGUCUGUGUGUGUAUGUGUGUCACUUCUGCAGACAGCCUGCCUCUAGAUGCACACAGUUAGCCAUUGAGACCUCCACACAAUACACCCUCACAAGCAAACACAUGGGAUCACAAUGCCGCUGCUGCCAUACACGCUGCUGCACGUAUGCCUGUGCAUAAAAUUAAAAUGACAGGGGACGGACAAAAGACAGUGCUGUUCUGAAUUAGCGUCCACGGGAUAUAACACACACACACGCACACAUACACGGUUCACCCCUCGCAGGUCUAAAUAGAUCAGCAGAGAACAAUGCUCAUAUGAAAGAGGCCUGACUCGAGCUACAGGGCUAACAGGCCACUCUCACACAAACACUUAUCACUUGUAAGGCUAGUGGGAUCAUUUUACAGACUCGGAGAGUGACCCUAACUCACUUCAUCGCCUUCCUAUCCUGCCUCACAUCACUGUCUUUUUCUCAAUUUUUGCUUCAGGUCAGGGUGUUAAAUUACCACAGAGGGUUUUUCACAGGCUCUGAGAAAUAAUUACCUCAGUGUUUCCCUCGUGGCUCAGAGUUUGAAGGUUUAAAUAAGAAACUCACCCUUUUGAGAAAGCUGGCGGUUAAAUGGUCUCCAGCAGAGAGGUUCAGAUACAAUCUUUUUCUAACUGAGAUUUAGACUGAUACUAAAGGUCCUUACACACUGGGAAUGAUGCAAAUAUACAACGUGAAAUUAUGAAACAUUCGGAGGCGAAUUUUGACUCACCUGUCCCGGGUGGAAGCGAGAAGACUGACACAACACCAGACUGACUGUUUUUCAGUUCUGAUUAGACUCUAGUGUUGAGAUGACUGUCUGUCAUGGUAGCAUGUACUGAGUCGGGGCCAGUACCAGAUAAGCACAUUAAACUAUAAUACAGAAAUGUAAGAUACCAACCGAGAUCUAACGGUGCUGUGACAGCAAUGCGGUUGAGUUUGAGACAGUGAAAGUACAUAUGGUAUGUUGUAUCUGAACAGGUUAGCUUACGAGCUAAAGUUACUUAGCACAGAUGAAAGUUAAAACAAAGACGUUUAGCAAACUGUUAAAGCACACAAACCAUCGUCAUAUGAGAAAUCCGACGCUAUGACUCUCCAUAAGUUGUCCUUCAGGUCGUUAUCUUUGUAAUGUUUGUGGCUUUUAUCAAAAAGCACUCUGUUCUCAGACACGUAAACAAUCAACUGGUUGGCCAUGUUGGAUGUACCGUCAGAAGUGGACACACAGUAUGCGAAACUUUAGAAAAUUCGACCCUGAUACGAAAAAAUAAAUGCUGCAAUAUCGCAGGAUGGGAAAACGGCGCUGAUGUGAGCGCUUGUAUUGACGGGAUACGGGAUAGAAAAAAAAUAUUGACGUCCGAAAUAAUUGCACGAAAAAAACGCUCCCGGUGUUAAAGGACCUUUAGACUUUGGGUAUUGGUUUUCUGGUUUUCUGGAUGCUAAACAAACAAACUGCAACUGAACAACUGCUUUUACUUUUUAUAUUUUCUACUGAGUUAAACUUUAUAGUUGAAAUACAGUUUCCUCCUCUCACUCAUAAAAAGGACGUCAUUGGUUCCAGAGGACCACUUCCUGUGCUUCCAUUAAACCUCCAUUAAUGUGAAGUUUAAUUGGCAUGAACUUUGUCUUAAUACAAGUGCGUCCCCCCCCUGACACUCCAAAGUCUUUCUUUGCCUGUGCAGGAGUCAUAAUGAUUCAUUCCAGGAUUACAUUGUCACAUCCUUUUUCCUCCACCACAUCUGCAGUGAGCAAUCAACCACAACAAUGCCUACACAGGAUACUGCAGCUUCCACAGUGUGUCAGAAGCACAAAAACAGCCUCACAAAUAGAUGGUCUCAGCACUGGUUUAACCAUGAUGCAGCACACUCCCCCCCCCCCCUGCCUCAUUGCUGAACUGACCCCUGUGAAAAUACACUACAUGGUUUAAAAAACACCAUUUAUGCUGAUUUUAAAAGGAAGUAAAAAUAGUCAAAAAUAAGUGUUGCUGUUUUCAGGAGUUCUUCAAGCUUUCUUUUUAAUAUAUCUAUGACCACUAAACAACAAAUGUGACGUUUCAUUUCUUUUGGACUCCUGUCUUUUCUGUUAUAACCUUUUUUCAUCUUUAAACACUUUAAAUCAGGUUUAUAUAACAGAAACAUGAACACAGAAUAACAAACAUUUAAACUCCACAGAACUUGUUUAUAUCCGAUACACCUUGAUUUCUCAUUACCUUUAUUCAGCCACAGUCGUAUUUACAACACAAGCAUCUUUCUAAAUGCUUUUGCAAAGUACUGUGUUGGAAAACAUUUAAUUUACAUUUCUGGUCUGCCAGCGGAGAGUAAACACUUCUCUACACCGCAUACCAGACGACAGCUUUGACAAUAGUUCUCUACAAUAAUUAAGUCUCAAUACAGGCUUUGACUCAGCAGCGGCCUGCUGGGUUUGUGCAUUUGAAUAUAUAUAUAGGUGAUGACAGGUAUAAGAGGAAACAAAUUGCUUUUUUGAAGAUAACAGCAGCAGCAGCACACACACAAAUACACACACAUGCGCACACAGAGUAAACAGGUGAAACUGGGGUGAGAGCUGCAGCAUCUGUUUUUGUGCAGCAGUGAGAGGUUUCACGUUUCUGAGACGGUGGGGGGAACAUGCCAGUGAUUAAUGGGAGUGUGAACAUGGUGGCAUGUUUAGACAAGACUUGAUACACAUUUAACACACACACACAAGCACAUGUAAUCUGUGCAUCAGGCCAGCAUGAAAAGUGAGGGCUAUCUCUGCCAGUGUUACUCAUAGAAAGACACCAGACCAAAGAGAAUGCAGGUCUUAUGCAGCACGGCUUUAAGACUGAAAUAAAUCUCAGCUUCUGAUAUGGAAAUCUGACUUUAAUGCGCUUUUGAAAGGUCAACCCGGUUUUCUCAUAGAUUGAAGAGAUAUGGAUGUAGUCAUCAACUGUAGUGAUGCCGACUGGUUUCAUGAGAGGCAUUGUGAAGCAUAACAAUAGCAGCUGCUGUAUCCGACAUGCUGACUCAACCUAACUUACAAUCAACCUUGAUACUAGCAUAGAGGGAGUGGUGCAGAGGAAAGUCUUCAACCUCAUUGCUAACAGGUAUAAUGCACAAUCAUGCCACCAGUUAGUGAGUACUGGUAGAAGUCUUAGUUUAAUUAAAAUGGAUGAGUUAUAAAAGCUAUAAUAUGUGAUACAUGUGUAGAGCCGUCUUAACAUUUAAAGGUGGGGUAGGCAGGAUCUGAGGAAGUACCAGUUUUUGUGAGAAAUCUUGAAUGUAAACACUACCCCUCCCUACCAGUUUUCCCCUCAGCUCCUCCUCUCCCCUCCCUCUCUGCUCCAGCAAGCCCCGCCCACAAACAGACGCUCCUGCUCGCUUGUAUCGUUUCAAUUAAAUUCAGACAUAAUGCAGAUAAAUACUUCAGGUAAUUACAAAUGGGGCCCAGUCAACGUGAAAGUAAACAGCAUUGGUGCUACUGUAGAUGCCAACAGAUUAGCAGCAAACACAAUGUUUAUAGGACUUCUACAACUAGGAUAAAGUGACAUAGUCCAGGACCCGAGGUAAACAGUUUAGCGGCGCUACAACACGCAGCAGGUCCGCCAAAGUCUCCUGUAUUUACUUCAUUUUAUUGCUUGCGUUUUUUGUACUUUCUGGUUGGUUUCUACUGUCCGAUAUUGUAGCAUGCUAACUUUGUUUGGGCUCAUGCACAUUAUUGGAGGAAUUGGAGCGUGCCUCACAACAUGAGGAAGCAGCGUCUGCCUCACAACCAAUCAGCACAAAGGAGCAGCGUUCGCCUCACAACCAAUCAGGCUGGGGGAGGCGGAGAAUGGCUCUGUUUACAGUCAGAAAGAGCGGGCUGCUCAGAAAAUUGAAAAUGUUGACUACACAGACAUAACAAAACACAGCGACAUCCUUAUAUAACCAAAUGUCAUCAAUAACUAAUAGCUAUUGACUGAUAUUAAAAGCUUUUUUAUGAAUACACCACAAAAAAGAUGCCUCUUAAACGGGAUCCUUCCUACUCCACCUUUAAUCUGUAUCUGCUUGGGUAGUUGGCACCAGAUUUAUCAACCAGUGUCUGAGCAUUUAACUGACUGGAGCAAUGAGUAACUAGCACAGGCAUGUGAACUUCAGCUUGUAAGACCAAAUGUUACACAGGGCAGACCCACAUGGCAUUGACUCUGUGGUUCUGUGCUUAGCUGAGGCAGAUACACUGUGCUCAGUUUUGUCUGAUCACUGAGUGUUUUCUGACCUUCAGCUGGUCAGUCAGAGUUUAAAUUUUGGCUUAAAUGAGCGGGAAAUAAGUAAUGUCAGAACAUUUGUGGAGUGAAUGAAUAAAGAAAUGUGCUAAUUCGGACAAACUGAGCUCAGUACUGAAGUGUAAACACGCUCAUUCCUGCGCUCAGAAUGAACACUUCAAUUGUGGUCCAGUGGACCACGUUAUAUUAGCUGAAUUGUUAUACAUUUGUGAUUUAGAAGCUUCAAGUCUCAUUUAGCAAAUCCAAUGGACAGAUUCAGCGUUUGUACAUUUCCUUCAAUCCUCAUAACCUUUAGCCUACUUUGUACCUUCACAUCAGUGUCUCUGUUCCUCCUGUUUCCCUUCCUAUGAUCACUCGCUUCCUGUUUUGGAUGUUGAGUUUACAGAUGAGUCUACCCCAAAGGAACAGUACCCACCAGUCACCCUAAGUUACUGUUUUACUUUUCAAUUCCGGAUAAAUGAGUUCCAAUCUAAAUUUGUAACACAAACUCUCAGGGUAUGUAGAUCGCCUUUUACACAUGAAACACUUUGUAUAUUUAUGGAGAGGAAAAAUAAAAUGAUAAUUUUGUUAUAUAAGCAUGGUACUGCAAUGGCAAAGCUAUUCAGCUAACUAUGAUGGAGACAGCAAAGCCGCUUAUUGACCGGUUUGAAUGAAUAACUCAUGGAACACUGAGCUUCUGCCUCUGUCUCUGUGUCUGGUUUUAAGACCUCAAACCUGUUUUUGUUUCGACUGCACAGCACUGGUUGUUAUUUGCAACAUUUUUGUGAACAGGACAAGAAAGAUGUCAUUAAAUAUGUGGUUGGCCUAGGGCAGGGCGAUAAAACGAUAACGAUAUAUAUGGAAAAUUAAUUUCCCUCGAUAUCGAAAUAAAACAUGGUCAAUAUGCUUUUCAAUAGUCGGCAUUGUGCCCUGUUUUUUGAUAUGAAAAAGAUGUAUAGUGAUGAACUUUAUCCCAUAUCCCCCAGCCCUAGGUUGGCCAUACCUCCAAAGAUCUGAAAUAUGUUGUUUGUCAGUUCUGAGUCUUCAUUCUGGUUCUGAUUUUUGCACAUACUUUGAGACUCUCAUAUCAGUAUUUACUAAAUAUUCCAGACCCCCAUCAUCAUCACACAGAGCAGCUAAAACAUGAGCGCUUAACAGUCAGCAGGUGUUUGAUCCAUGUGAUGAUCAGUUUGUCUCCUUGCAGGUCCUGAAUGCGCAGAAAGCCGGGUACAAGGCGGCCAUUGUUCACAAUGUGGACUCUAAUGACUUGAUCAGCAUGGGAUCCAAUGACCGUGAGUUACUCCUCCUUUUUUUUCCUCUCUGUACAUCAAGACAUUAGCAUUUAGCAUCUCACACAGCUGCCUGCUUACACGCCUUUGUUGACAGUGAAUUAAAAGCCUGAGGAAAAAAAAGCUGGGUAUUUUAACAUCUGAAGGCCAUUUUGAAGUCUCGAGAUGAUCUGCAGGAAGGAUGUGAUGCCCUGCAGCAGCACAAUACUCUACCUAUGAAAACAUGCUGUCCCUGCUCUAACCUUGCUCUGUGAUAUCAGCGUGCCUAGGGGUUUCUUUCUCUUUUGUCUCACCUCCUGUUUUCAUCAUUCAGUCAUGAAUAACCCAGGCCUCCUAUUUGUAUAGGAGCAAAUCUCACAAGCUGUGGAUUAUCAGUGGGCUUCAUCAAAUGAUCAAACAGUGUCUCACUUUUCUUAAGUCAGAUUUAAACUUCUGAAGCAGCAGGAGUUUUAAUCAUUUAUGAUCAGUAUCUCCCCGAGGGUCUUCUUUGACCUUUACACCAAACUCCAUCAUUCUCUAUAGGUGACCAAUAAGGGCAGCAGAAUGGAUAAACAAGCUGAUGUGAUCAAGUGUGAAGUAAUUAGUACUAAGUUUAAAGGUCCUUACACACCAGGGCCAACAGGAAUAUAGAACGCGAAAUCACAAAAUAUUCGGAGGCGAAUUUUGACACGCCUGAUACAAAUCAAGCCCGAUGCGAUUAUGCGACUUUCCGGGGGUAAAAAGACGCAUCCCGGAGAAGACUUUUCUGAGGGGAAGUCCCGCCUCCUUCACCUCUGAUGGGCUGGAAACACCGGAAACGUCAUCACCUGCUCAAGCCAAACGGUCAGCACUUACAGCCAAUCAGAGGUGAAGGAGGGCGGGACCUUCCCUUAACAACCAGCGUCCCAGCUGGAAGCAAGAGGACAAAAAUGGAGUCUACUUCAACUUCAAGUGAUGGCAAACUGGUACUCCUUUUGCUUCCUCAAAAGAAAAAUAAACGUAGCACAUGGGUGCAUCAAAUAUUAAAAAAUAGAAGAGAACUUGGUGAGUUUCACUGCUUGGUCCAGGAGCUGAAACUCUACCACGGUCGCUGUACUGAGUCGGGGCCAGUACCAGAUAAGCACAUGAAACUAUGGUAACAACCGUUAUCUUACGUUAGCACAGAUGAAAGUUAAAACAAAGACGUUUAGCAAAAUUGUGUCUUUUAUCAAAAAGCACUCCGUUUCCGACACGUAAACAAUCAGCCGGUCGGCCAUGUUGGAUAUACCGGUAAAUCUGACGUCGCAACAACACGCAAUGUGAUUGGUCAGAAGUGGACACACAGUAUGCGAAACUUUAGAAAAAUCGACCAUGAUCUGAAAGAAUAAAUGCCGCAAUAUUACAGAACGGGAAAACAUCGCUGAUGUGAACGCUUGUAUUGACAGGAUACAGGUUCAGAAAAAAAAAUUGACGUCCGGAAUAAUCGCACGACAAAAACGGUCCCGGUGUGAAAGGACCUUAAAUUGUAUUGUAAUGUAUUGUCUCAAAUCCUACUUUAUUGUGCUGUUUUUCAUUUUUGUAUCAUCCUGUAAAGUUGCAAAUUAGCGCUUGUUUUGAUGAACUAAAAGUUCAGUGAUUGUGUAUUAAUCAUUUAUUAUUGUCCAUUUUCAGUGGAUGUUAUGAAGCAAAUAGAUAUUCCCUCUGUGUUUGUGAGCGAGCUGACUGCCAAUUACCUGAAAGUGGACUACAUGUAUGAUAAAGGGUAAGUUAGAAAAACCAGUCUGAUCUUCCUGCCCACCAACUCUGAGAUUUUCACAGUCCUCUCUCUAAAACAUUGUGAAGAGCCCGCCGCCUUUUCACACAAUCCUGUCCAGCCAGUCUUUGCUUUCCAGCUCUUCUCCUGGUUCGUGAGGCUGAUGUUUUCACAGAAUAAAGCCUGCAGUGUGCGGCGUUAUAACCGAAGGAUGAGGAUUUGUCUUGUGAUGCGUUGUCACUGUUGCUGAGGUGGUAAUAAAACGCCUCAGCCUGUCAGAAGAGCCCAGACAGUCACAGCGUUUAUGCAUCAUUUCUACACUUUGAAAUCAGCUGAUGUUUGUGUGUGUGUAUUUGUGUGUAUGAGUGUGUUUUCUUGUGUGGUAUGCUUGUAAGAUACAAUAUAAACAACUUAGGAUGACUCCUGAGAGUUAAGCGGAGAAAUGAACUCCAAACAUGACAGAGUUUUAUUUUAGUGUGGACAGAAAUGGCUCGCAGGGAUUUAUCUGCUGCAUGACACCAAGUAUAAACAACCCUAGAAUAAAUGUCAACAUUCUUAAAGUCAUGACAAAAUACAGCUAUAAUACAGCUUCUGCUGAGGUCUCUUCAGUGUGUCUGUUUAACCUGCCAACAGCUAACAAUAGCUCUGGUUGUUUUUUCAGAGGGCAUGUGGUCCUUAUGCCAGAUUUCAGCCUGCCACUGGAAUACUACCUGAUCCCCUUCCUCAUCAUCGUGGGAAUCUGCCUCAUCCUCAUCGUUGUCUUCAUGGUAGGUUGAUUUUAGGACACCUUUACACAAACAUCAAAGUAUAACCUGGGGAGUAAAAAGAGGAAGUUCUAAGACCGAAAAAAAAGUCUAAAUAGCGUUAAUAAUCCUUUUAAAAGGUUCUACAUAUUUGAAAAGCAGAAAAGUAAAGCAUUUUGGGUUGAAAAUUGUUUCUUUGAAAAGCACCAGUCUUCAUCCUGCCAGUGGAGGUCAAACAAUUAUAAAACACGCCGAAUUCUGGCACCAAUUAUGUCUCAAAAUGUCUUUUUUCCUGAGCUUUGGUGGCAGAUUUUUUGAGCUGAGCACUUGGACAGGGAAGAUAUGUGUCUGUGUAUUUGCGCUCUGGUUUUAAAGGAUUGACACACUUUGACUUGGCUGUUUCCAGAUUACCAAGUUUGUCCAGGAUCGACACAGGGCUCGGAGGAGCCGCCUGCGCAAAGAUCAGCUCAAGAAACUUCCCAUCCACAAGUACAAGAAAGGUAUAUAAGCAAUUCUCAUCACAUUAACAUCAGCUUGACUGUGAAUAUAUGCUUGGGUGUCAUGUUAUUCAGACGGUUCGAUUCUUUGCUUCACUAUAAAAACAAAUAUAGGAAUACAUCAUCCCUGGGUGGGAAAGCCCCUCUGAAACAACAAAUCAAAAAUCAUCUCUGUUGGCUUUAAUCUGAUACCAACCUUUGACCUCACUGUCAGCAGAGAUGCUAUUUACUCCAGCAGUGCUGUGCUUUCUCACAUGACUCUUAGCCUAAAGAGGAGAGAUGUCAUCAGUGCAUCACGACACAUCAUUCCUCCCCGGAGCUCUGCACCUUGGAGCUAAUCGGAUUAAUAUGGACUUGAUUUUUUCCACAAAGCCCACUGCGGCAGAUUAGAGCUCCUCUCUGUUGAGACUGGACACAUGACUGAUGAGCUGGAAUGCAGUUACGGUCAUGCCAGAAGCCUGAUGUAGGUUGGAAGUUGAGCGUGUUUGGGAUUUCAUUGCUUGGAAACCUUGAGGCGUACAGUAGGUGUUGCUGUCUUAUACGGGCAGCAGAAACGGUUUGUAAAAGUGUGAUUUUGACGAUCUGAAACCUCUGAAUAAUAAGAGUUCUGUCUCUGACUUCUCUUAUAAUCGUGGUAAAAAAAAAGUCAGACCCACUUUGGUUUAGUGACUCAGAUCCUCUUUGUACAAUGCUGUAGUGCUUUUGGUCUGUGUAUUUAGAGGUUUUUUUGUGCCAUCAGUGUUUCCUCCAGCAGCUGCGUCCUGCUGACUGGAAAGCCCCCGCCUGACUACAAUCAGCUGUGCUUGGGGACACCAGGAAAACUUCGCCAACUGCGAGUGGUGCAUAAUAAGUAACCCCCUUGCAAAGCAGCUCAUUUAGGGGGUUAUAAGCCAAGCCGCUCCUCUCUGAUUGGCUUUAACACGUGUACAUGCAGCACAGCAGCCAGAAGCAGCGUGUGCUGCUAAGAUAGCUUUUUUCGUCUUGUCACGGCCUGUGGUUAACAUAUCUGUGUGUGCACGUGGUGCCCACUCUGACUCAGGGUUUCCACCUGCCUUCCUUGGCCCCCGCUGCAGAGAGUUCGGAUGUCCAGGAAAAGGCCUCCUUUGCGGCAUCUGUGAUCCUGUCAGCUGAGUCAGAGUAUGUGGUGACACAGAAACGGGACACCAAAGCUCUACCUAAUCACCUCUAAAGCCCUGCACUCCCAGUACUUUUGAGGAACGCUGGCGUAUCAACCAGCAGAGCGUCCUGAUUUGGGGAGAGAGGGGUGGGAGCUGGACAGGUGAGUGAAUUGGGUUUGUUGUUGGAGAGGUUUAUGCCAGCUUAGAGCAAGAUCUCAAAAACACAGGAAUAGCAGAAGAGCAGGAAACGGUAGAAGCCAUCAGCGCCCCAACUUUGAACUCUUAAUGUUGGUGCCAAGCUUGGAUGGAAAGAUGAAUGAGAGCAAAAUCAAAAAAUAGGUAUUAUGUCGUGUGUCUGUGUUCCUUAAACAUUCACAACUGGACUUGUGGAAUCAAAAAGGGGGAACAAAGAUUUCAACAGAUUCAUCUGACCACCAGCAGUCAUUUAUGUUCCACUUUCCUCCAUUUUUCUUUCCAGCUUCAUGUUGUGAAACAGGAGGAAUUUCUAGCUGUGGCAUAAUUCUGGGAGAGCUCAGUGCCACACAAGUCACUGUGACGCUCAAUUUUCACUGCUGCUCCAAUUCCCAUCCUUAACUUUUUUGGCAGCGUGCCUGAACUCAGGGUUCAGUGUGUGUGUGUUUGUGUGUGUUGUGUGUAUUUGUGUAUGUGUGUGCAGCAGAGAGUGGGAAUGAUGCCUAAUGGCGCCCUUGGCCGCUGCUGCAGCAGAUAAUGCUGAGCUUUGACUCUUGGGGCUUUGAACAGAAGCAGCCAUCGUGAACGGGAGCAGGAAUGCUGUGAUGCUGUGUUGGUGUUUCGUUUAAAGCUGUAACCCUCUACAUUUCAUACCGUCAAAUACUAAAGAGCUUGUGAUGUAGAUGUCACCCACCGUUUUUGACUUUUUUUUUCUGACUUUUCUAUUGUGAAGUGUAACCCUAAUAACCUGCGCCAAAUAAGAUGUUUGCAAAGAGGACUCCAGCGUCACAUGUUUGUUUUGAUACUGACCGUAUCGUAACAGAAACCGGACACGCGACAUUACAGACAUGCAUGUUUAUUUUUCAGAUAGUAAAUGUUCCUCGUUGUGAAAUAUGAAACUGGUUUUCGUUCUACUUUUGUGCUGCAUUUGUGUUCAUCCCAGUUUUCAGAGAGAUUAGAGAUGCAGGACUCGAUGAUUUUUUAUUUUUACUAGACUAAUAUUAUCCAGCUGAUCAGUUUUCUUCUGCUGCUGUGCGAGCUGAACAACACCUCUCUGAUGAGAAGAGUAUCUGCCCACCAUCCACCUUCUCUAACACAGCAGCUGAGAUGGACAAAAUCUGACCUCUGCUUCAUCAGCCCUGUGAAUACAUCCUGCUGCUGCUGUUGAGCAUGCAUUCAUUUACACCUUUACCUUAUUUGCACCCCUACAGUUUUCUGUGAUUUUCCAAUCAUUGCCUGACAGGUCUUGUCUAGAUCUGAGUCUGAGGUGUUGAUGCUGGCAAAAACGAUAGAACCAGCAUGUAUAGAAACGGGUGUGGGCAGACUGAAAUGAAUGCUAGCUAACACAAAGACAGCCUGUACGGGUAGCGCACAAUGCUUUAAUGAAAAUCAAGCUACCCGUGUAAUUGGCACACAAUGCCAGUCUGAGCAGCGGCGAGAAACAUACGACCUGUGUCAAUGUACACAAUUAUGUAAUAGCAGCUGCCACGGCUGUCAGGGAACAGCACCAUUAGUUGGACUUGCGCUCUGGUUUUGUUGCACAGUCUUGCGUCAUCCCCGCUGAGGCUGUUGGACUGAUGUUUGACAGCGAGCUUCGGCCCUCUGGAUGGCGAGUUUGAGGCGUAUGAGGCCAGAAUGCGACCACACACACACACAUACACACACACACACACACACAGAAGUAGAGAAGUAUUAAGUUGCUGGGGAAACGGGAGAUUGUUUUCAACUUCAGUUCAAACUGCGAAAGACUAGACUUUUCCCUCAACCUCUGAUCCCUCCCCUGCGCAUGAUGAGUCACUCCACUCUUCCACUCGGCUUUCCACUUCCAAACCAUAGGCGGGGUGCUGAAGCACAUGCACGUGCACACACACACACAGACACAGACACACAAACUGAAAAGAACAGCUGCAGUGUCUCAGCUCCCUGUGUGUGAGGCAUGUUGAUGUCAGGACAGAGGAGCCCUCUCUGUCUCUCGGUUCACUGGUCUCAAUGCCAGUUGCCCACGUCUGGUCGGCUCAUGCUGCGUCAAACUGCGCUGUGAUUUUUUUUUUUUUCUUUCAUCGCACAGUUGUUGUUUUUUUUGUCACCCUCCCUUUCACUCCCCUGCUCACUACGCACAAUCACCGCUCAUCUGGAGUUCAGUAGGACAGCGAGGAUCCUCUGAGAGCAGAGUGUUGGCAGGGCUCGCUGAUAAAUGAAAAACUAGGAGAGGAGCUGCAGAGGCUCGCAAGGCUCUCUUCUAAAAUGAGCUACUGGACACAAAACACAAGACUGAAAGGGAUUCCCUGAAGCUUAACAGUGUGCACAGUGCCAAACACAUGAAGUGAAGGUUAAAAUCAUCUGACCUCUACUUCAAAACACACCUACAUUGAAUAAUAUGACGGUAAAUUGGGACCCUUUCUUCUCCCAUUUUCUCUUUCUGUACGUGUUUCUUAACAUGUGAUAUUAAAAUCAUUCUCUGCAGCCAGCCGACACUGUGAGCUACAGCAAUGACAUUAUUUCAGUUGAUGUCUUGCGGUGUGUAGAGAUGAAGGGGAAGGUUGUGUUUGCUGCAGCCUCUCUGAUCAGCCGGAGUGGAGUCCUUUUCUUUGUGACGACGGACAACCGGACCAGAGUGUAAAUGAUGUUCUGCUGCAGAGCGCGGUGCAGCGUGUUUCUCACUUUCUACAGAGUCCUGGGAAUGUUCAAGUCAUUUUUUGAGUCUGAAGCGAACUGGAAACAUUUAUUUGUUUAAAAGAAAAAAAUACAGCGCUGACUUUUUUCAAAUCAAGCCACUGAAAAAAUGCAUCAACCUGCAUCAACUCUCCCUGUAGCAUUUUAUGAAGAUCUUGGCUAUUUCCUGCAGAUGUAUAGAUUGAACAAUCAUCUGCAUACAUAGAAAUCCCUGCAGAUUUGAAUGCAUAUAGAAGGUCAUUUGUAAUAGGGGUGGGAGAAAAAAUCGAUACAGCAUAGUAUCGCGAUAUUUUGUCUGGUGAUAUAUCGUAUCGUCUCAUUUACCAAGUAUCGAUUUUUUAAAUAAAUUGCUAAUAUGAAGUCAAAUUUAUGAUAAUGGAAAAAUAAAAUCAACUGUUUGUCAACUGAGAUUGGCAGAGUUACAUCAUAGGUUAUAUACAAGGUUUGCAAGAUAUGCUACAUGAAAAUAAAAUACAGUGUAAAUAAGACAAACAUAAAGGAAUGCCAAAUGCUAAAUUAGCUAAACAGCUGAAAAAAAUUGUAUAAAUCGCAACAUAUUGUAUCACAAUAAUCACUGUAUUGCAAAAUGUUAAAAAUCGCAAUAAUAUCGUAUCGUGGCCCAAGUAUCACGAUAAUAUUGUAUCGUGGGGCCACUGGUGAUUCCCACCCCUAAUUUAUAAACAUGGUUUAUAAGAGAGGUCCAAGACAGCUUCCUUGGGGAAUUCCACACUGCAGGGAUUUUAUAGUUGACAAAGUACCAUAAACCAUUACAUGAAGUCUCUUUAGAUUGCGUUGCUCUCCCAGGGGAUAUGCUGUUUGAGCCGAGCGUCAUCACAGUAACUCUCAGUGACUCUCCCGUCGAAUGCGUACAUCGCUACUGCUCAGUGCUGGUUUCAGGAAAUGAAGAAAAAUCACGGAAAUACCAAGAGCUUUUUGGCAUCAAAUCCGUAUACUGAUGGGAGGCGGAACCAAGUUGUCCAUAGUCUAAAAAGUCUUCCCAGCUUUUUAUUUUAACCUCUCCCAGGAGUAGAGUUAUUGGAACCAAUGAACAUUUGUAUUUAGAAAAGCUCAGCUGGUGCCACAGUUCAGUAUGUCAGGAGUAUAUAAUGGACCCAUGCCUUCUGUAACGUCCCCUCUACUUCACCCUGACAGCGCACCACUGGCUUGGGAAAAAGGGUAACAGAUGGAAGUUGCGGCUGUAGACUUACCACAGGAACAAAAAAAGGACAAGGGUUUCAAAAGAAAACCAUUAGGAUCAACCUGAGGGAGGUGUUUAUGAGAGGAAAAAAACAGAACUGUGAAGAGGAAGUGGGAGCUGAACACAAGCUGAAGUUGCUGACGGUUGGAGAGAGAAGGAAGAGGAGGAGGAGGGGGAGCCCUGGUCGAUGCGACUCCUCAUCCUUAUACGGUCACAUGCAGCCCUGGCAUGGACACAGAGAGCUCAGUCGGGGAAAACAUGCUCAUUUAGAGCUUACAUAAACACACCAGCCCACAGCCCCACUCCCUCCCAUCAGUCCAGACAGGGAAGAGGAAGGGAAGAAAAGGGAGAAGAACUCUGAGGAAUUUGAAAAGGAGUGCGCGCUGAUAAAUUCCUGAGCUUUUACAGCACCGAGGGUCCAGCACCUCCUGUGAAGUGAGGAAACUCUGCUAUGUUGGCUGAGCUGUAAAUCCCCCUGCAGGCUAAAGAUUUGAUGGGCGCUAUUAGAUAAAGUGACAUAAAGAAAGUGCAGUUAUUAGGGAGCUGGAGAGCCUGAUUCAUCAUGGAACCACUGAGUUUAACGGUCCGCUGGAAACAUGACAACUAAUCUAUUAUAGUCAAGAAUGAGCUGUAGAAAUAGAUGAGAAUAAUAACCCUAAUAAUAAUCACUUCUUAGUUUACAAGGUGCUCUCUUAAAGUACAGGAAAGUGGUUCAUGAGCUGCCGCAUCUGUAUAAUGACCUGAUGAUGCUGGUAAUUUGCUUAAAUUUACUGACAUCAAAUGAGUUUAUCUUCAAGACUUUUGAGGGACUUAAUAACUUUGAUUUCAGAGACCUUCAUGCUGUGAACUAGGGAUAUGCAACUUCUGCAUAUCCUCAUGCCAACAAUAAAGUGUAAUAACUCUUUUUACUUUCCUGUACUGAAUACCUCUUGCCUUUUGAACCCAGGGGACAACUAUGAUGUAUGCGCCAUCUGCCUGGAUGAGUAUGAAGAGGGUGACAAGCUCAGAGUCCUGCCAUGUUCCCACGGUGAGUUUGAGUUUGACCACACAUGCAUAGCACAUGACCCAUUAACCUCUGUUUGGCUCAUGACACAAACAAGCUCAAAGUCGAGCCGACACAAGUGACCUGCUGAAGGAGAAAUUAAGGCACUACUUUAAAUUAUAGAUGUGGUGGUUGAGCAAACAUCUACGCAGGCAGGGUAAGUGGUUGAGGAUCUCUUUGAGCAACAGCAGACUUUCUUUUGGGACUUAAAUUCCUUUUUUUUUUUUCUGUUUUAUCCUCAGCGUACCACAGCAAAUGCGUGGACCCCUGGCUGACCAAAACUAAGAAGACAUGCCCAGUUUGCAAGCAGAAAGUGGUCCCUUCGCAGGGUGACUCUGACUCCGAUUCAGAGGAAGGAGAGAGCGGCCCCGAGGAGAACGAAGAAGUUUCAGAGAGCACCCCUCUCCUGCGCUCUCUGGCCUCCACCAGCGCACACUCUUUUGGCACCAUGUCGGCGGCGUCACGCUCGGAUCUGGAUCAGGAGUCCUCUGAGUACGAGGACGACGAGCUGGACAGCAGCGACAGCGACGAGGAGGUCACCGUGGAGACUGUGGUGGUGCAGAUGCAGCAGCCGUGCUCUGAAGGCCCUGAUCAUGAGGACGACCUACCCCGAGCCUGACUGGUCACUAAAUCCGCCCCCUCACAGCUACAGAGACGAUAGUUGGAUGCACCAAACCAAUCGAUCAACAGAUUUUUUUUUUGCCACUGCUUACAAGACACUGUAAUAUGACAUCAAGUCAUGAGCAGACCCGCUUGGCAGAUUGACUGCACAGGUGACGCUGAUGUACAGUAGACUGUUUCACUGUACUAAGUCAUGAACACAGGACACACCAUCUAUGCGGGAGUCAAGAGGUCCCACAUACACACGCACAUACUCAUGCUUGGCACAGUACUCUGUAUAUAAACAAUGAAUAUUACACAGUAAGUUCCUUCUCUGUCUUUGAUUAUUUCCUAUUCUGUACAGUUCAGAUGAAGUUUCAUUAUUGUACAUACAGCUACAGCUGGUGGGCAGAGUCCAGACAGGGCGUGCUGGCCUUGAAUGGGGAGACCCGCCCAUGAGAAAGGACCUUGUCAUCUCCUAAGUGACAGAGAUGGCUGAGGAAGAAUACAGGGUCAAGGGCAGCAGGGACGCUGGACGACGUGAGAGGGGGUUGUGGGUCAAGCGGUAAUGCUGGGCAGACUUCUGGAAACUGCCACAGGCUCGACUCAGCUCUGUAUGACACACUGCCCUACCCCCAAAACCUCCAACAGUGGGUGGGCACGGAGCAGGCAGGCCUAGAGCCUAGUGCAGGUACAACAUCUACCUGUUCAAACCAUUUACACCGAGACACCGCUAUGCAUCCACUUUGUAUGAUGACACUCAUAUUAAAUAAGUAUAGACACAUUUAAAGAAACAGUUACGUUUUGUUUUGCCAAUUUCUAUCCAGCCAGGUGUGCGAAGGAGCACAGGUGUUCCUCUCUGUCUGUGCCACUUAUAUUUUUCCUCAGAUGAUUCACUCCAAGACAAACUGAAGCCACGCCAGUUUGUGAAACACAUUCAUAGCCUAGAAUGUAAUUCUAUGUAUGUUGAAGAAUAUUGUUAGUGAUGCCAGUUUGGAAAGUAAGGAGCGACACUUGAGUCAAGUGAAAACAGUGUUCAACCUGCCUGUGGAAAACUUAAUGUGGCUGCUGAAGACCUACCACCUCAUUUCAUAGUUAUGGUUGAUAGGCCUUGUUUGACAUAUUUGACUGACCUUUUCUUAUUCAAAUAGUUUGUAACCCUUGAGUUGUUUUUUUCAUUACACUGCUAAAUUUUUGCUCAUGAAUCUUCUUGCCUUAUUCAGUUGAUGUGUUCUGUCUUGUUAAACUUUUCCUACUUAUAUAUGUACUCUGAAUUCACUUCAAUAAAAUGCUAAUUCAUGGUCAA